AUGGUCUACCCCCGCUACCUCACGGGGCUGUUGCGAGCCUCAGAUGUGGCAUGGCGUGAAGGUGCUUGCUGUUUCCUUGACCGCCUGGAUACCUGGUUUGAGCGCAUCAGCAUGUUGGUUAUCCUUCUCAACUGUGUGACCCUGGGCAUGUUCCGGCCAUGUGAGGACAUCGCCUGUGACUCGCAGCGUUGCCGGAUCCUGCAGGCCUUCGAUGACUUCAUCUUUGCCUUCUUCGCCGUGGAGAUGGUGGUGAAGAUGGUGGCCUUGGGCAUCUUCGGGAAAAAGUGUUACCUGGGAGACACUUGGAACCGGCUUGAUUUCUUCAUCGUCAUUGCAGGGAUGCUGGAGUAUUCGCUGGACCUUCAGAACGUCAGCUUCUCAGCUGUCAGGACAGUCCGUGUGCUGCGACCGCUCAGGGCCAUUAACCGGGUGCCCAGAUAUCUCCUCUUCCUGUCCCCACCCCAACAGGUGGGCUCCUUCUUCAUGAUCAACCUGUGCCUGGUGGUGAUCGCCACGCAGUUCUCAGAGACCAAGCAGCGGGAGAGCCAGCUGAUGCGGGAGCAGCGCGUGCGCUUCCUGUCCAAUGCCAGCACCCUGGCCAGCUUCUCGGAGCCAGGCAGCUGCUACGAGGAGCUGUUGAAGUACCUGGUGUAUGUCCUCCGGAAAGCGGCCCGCAGGCUGGCCCAGGUCUCCCGGGCGGCGGGUGUGCGGGCCGGGCUGCUCAGCAGCCCGGUGCCGCGCGGCGGCCAGGAGCCCCAGCCCGGCGGCAGCUGCUCUCGCUCCCACCGCCGUCCGUCUGUCCACCACCUGGUUCACCACCACCACCACCAUCACCACCACUACCACCUGGGCAACGGGACGUUGCGGGCCCCCCGGGCCAGCCCGGAGAUCCAGGACAGGGAUGCCAAUGGGGCCCGCCGGCUGAUGCUGCCACCGCCCUCGACGCCCGCCCUCUCCGGGGGCCCCCCGGGGGGCGCAGAGUCCGUACACAGCUUCUACCACGCUGACUGCCGCCUGGAGCCGGUCCGCUGUCAGGCACCCCCUCCCAGAUCGCCGUCCGAGGCGUCGGGCAGGACCGUGGGCAGCGGGAAGGUGUACCCCACGGUGCACACCAGCCCUCCCCCAGAGAUGCUGAAGGAGAAGGCGCUAGUGGAGGCGGCCCCCACCUCUGGACCCCCCACCCUCACCAGCCUCAACAUCCCGCCCGGGCCCUACAGCUCCAUGCACAAGCUGCUAGAGACACAGAGCACAGGCGCCUGCCAAAGCUCUUGCAAGAUCUCCAGCCCUUGCUUGAAGGCGGACAGUGGAGCCUGUGGCCCAGACAGCUGCCCCUACUGUGCCCGGGUGGGGGCAGGGCAGGUGGAGCUCGCCGGCCACGAGAUGCCUGACUCAGACAGCGAGGCAGUUUAUGAGCUCACACAAGACGCCCAGCACGGUGAUCUCCGGGACCCUCACAGCCGGCACCGACAGAGUCUAGGGCUGGACGCAGAGCCCAACUCUGUGCUGGCCUUCUGGAGGCUGAUCUGUGACACUUUCCGGAAGAUCGUGGACAGCAAGUACUUUGGUCGGGGAAUAAUGAUUGCUAUCCUGGUCAACACCCUCAGCAUGGGCAUCGAGUACCAUGAACAGCCCGAGGAGCUCACCAACGCCCUGGAAAUCAGCAACAUCGUCUUCACCAGCCUCUUUGCCCUGGAGAUGCUGCUGAAGCUGCUCGUGUACGGUCCCUUUGGCUACAUCAAGAACCCCUACAACAUCUUCGAUGGCGUCAUCGUCGUCAUCAGCGUGUGGGAGAUCGUGGGCCAGCAGGGGGGUGGCCUGUCGGUGCUGCGGACCUUCCGCCUGAUGCGGGUGCUGAAGCUGGUGCGCUUCCUGCCGGCGCUGCAGCGACAGCUGGUGGUGCUCAUGAAGACCAUGGACAACGUGGCCACCUUCUGCAUGCUGCUCAUGCUCUUCAUCUUCAUCUUCAGGUGAGGGCAGGGGCGGCCUCCGCGCCGGCUGGGAGGAGGGCCUGAGGGGCAGGGGGUCCUCUGCCCACAGAUCCUGACCCAGGAGGACUGGAACAAGGUACUCUACAAUGGAAUGGCCUCCACGUCGUCCUGGGCUGCUCUUUAUUUCAUUGCCCUCAUGACCUUCGGCAACUACGUGCUCUUUAAUCUGCUCGUCGCCAUUCUGGUGGAGGGCUUCCAGGCGGAGGAAAUCAGCAAACGGGAAGAUGCGAGUGGACAGUUAAGCUGUAUUCAGCUGCCUGUCGACUCCCAGGGGGGAGAUGCCACCAAGUCCGAGUCAGAGCCCGAUUUCUUCUCACCCAGCCUGGAUGGUGACGGGGACAGGAAGAAGCGCUUGGCCUUGGUGUCCCUGGGAGAGCACCCGGAACUGCGGAAGAACCUGCUGCCGCCUCUUAUCAUCCACACGGCCGCCACGCCCAUGUCGCUCCCCAAGAGUUCCAGCACCGGCCUGGCCGAGGCGCUGGGCCCCGCCUCCCGCCGCACCAGCAGCAGCGGGUCUGCUGAGCCAGGGGCGGCCCAUGAGAUGAAGUCACCGCCGAGCGCCCGCAGCUCUCCGCACAGCCCCUGGAGCGCGGCAAGCAGCUGGACCAGCAGGCGCUCCAGCCGGAACAGCCUGGGCCGCGCCCCCAGCCUGAAGCGAAGGAGCCCGAGUGGGGAACGGCGCUCCCUGCUGUCGGGCGAGGGCCGGGAGAGCCAGGACGAGGACGAGAGCUCGGAAGAGGAGAGAGCCAGCCCGGCGGGCAGCGACCGUCGCCACAGGGGCUCCCUGGAGCGGGAGGCCAAGGGCUCCUUUGACCUGCCGGACACGCUGCAGGUGCCCGGGCUGCACCGCACAGCCAGUGGCCGCAGCUCGGCCUCCGAGCACCAGGACUGCAAUGGCAAGUCGGCCUCGGGGCGCCUGGCCCGGGCCCAGCGGCCCGACGCCCCCCCACUGGAUGGGGACGAUGGCGAUGACGAGGGCAACCUGAGCAGAGGGGAACGGAUGAGAGUGUGGAUCCGAGCCCGGCUGCCCGCCUGCUGCCGGGAGCGAGACUCCUGGUCCGCCUAUGUCUUCUCUCCUCAGUCAAGGUUCCGCCUCUUCUGUCACCGAAUCAUCACCCACAAGAUGUUCGACCAUGUGGUCCUUGUCAUCAUCUUCCUCAACUGCAUCACCAUCGCCAUGGAGCGUCCCAAGAUCGACCCCCACAGCGCUGAACGCAUCUUCCUGACCCUCUCCAAUUACAUCUUUACCGCAGUCUUUCUGGCAGAGAUGACCGUGAAGGUGGUUGCGCUGGGCUGGUGCUUCGGGGAGCAGGCGUACCUGCGUAGCAGCUGGAACGUUCUCGACGGGCUACUGGUGCUCAUCUCCAUCAUCGACAUCCUGGUGUCCAUGGUCUCCGACAGCGGCACCAAGAUCCUGGGCAUGUUGAGGGUGCUGAGGCUGCUGCGGACCCUGCGCCCACUCAGGUGAGCCCCCAGCCGUGCGCAGGGCCCUCGGCUGGUGAGUUCCCUUGGCCACAGCUCACUUCGCUCUGUCUCUGGGGAUGUUUGUGCCCAGCUCUUCAAAGGGAAGUUCUUCGUGUGCCAGGGCGAGGACACCAGGAACAUCACCAACAAAUCGGACUGUGCUGAGGCCAGUUACCGGUGGGUCCGGCACAAGUACAACUUUGACAACCUCGGCCAGGCCCUGAUGUCCCUGUUCGUGCUGGCCUCCAAAGAUGGCUGGGUGGACAUCAUGUACGACGGGCUGGAUGCCGUGGGUGUGGACCAACAGCCCAUCAUGAACCACAACCCCUGGAUGCUGCUAUACUUCAUCUCGUUCCUGCUCAUUGUGGCCUUCUUUGUCCUGAACAUGUUUGUGGGCGUGGUGGUGGAGAAUUUCCACAAGUGUCGGCAGCACCAGGAGGAGGAGGAGGCCCGGCGGCGGGAGGAGAAGCGUCUGCGGAGACUGGAGAAAAAGAGAAGGAGUAAGGAGAAGCAGAUGGCUGAUCUAAUGCUGGACGAUGUAAAUGCUUCCGGCAGCUCCUCCAGCGCGGCGCCAGAGGCCCAGUGCAAACCCUACUAUUCAGACUACUCUCGCUUCCGGCUCCUCGUUCACCACUUGUGCACCAGCCAUUAUCUGGAUCUCUUCAUCACGGGUGUCAUCGGGCUGAAUGUGGUCACCAUGGCCAUGGAGCACUACCAGCAGCCCCAGAUCCUGGACGAGGCCCUGAAGAUCUGCAACUACAUCUUCACCAUCAUCUUUGUGUUAGAGUCAGUCUUCAAACUCGUGGCCUUUGGCUUCCGUCGGUUCUUCCAGGACAGGUGGAACCAGCUGGACCUGGCCAUCGUGCUGCUGUCCAUCAUGGGCAUCACGCUGGAGGAGAUCGAGGUCAAUGCCUCGCUGCCCAUCAACCCCACCAUCAUCCGCAUCAUGAGGGUGCUACGCAUUGCCCGAGUGCUGAAGCUGCUGAAGAUGGCCGUGGGCAUGCGGGCACUGCUGGAUACGGUCAUGCAGGCCCUGCCCCAGGUGGGGAACCUGGGACUUCUCUUCAUGUUGUUGUUUUUCAUCUUUGCAGCUCUGGGUGUGGAGCUCUUUGGAGACCUGGAGUGUGACGAGACGCACCCCUGCGAGGGCCUGGGCCGGCAUGCCACUUUUCGGAACUUUGGCAUGGCCUUCCUGACCCUCUUCCGAGUCUCCACAGGUGACAAUUGGAAUGGCAUUAUGAAGGUCUACUGA